UGCACCCCCCCAUCUGGAACCUGGAAAGGGAGAAAAGGGAAAAAUUUGUUGAUCUCGAAGACCAGGAGGUCAAUUAUAUAUAGGAGCCACCAGAUAGCUCCCCAGAUCCCGGUGGGAGAGCCGCAGCCGUCGCCGUUCCCCAGCCGAGAGAUCGCCGGAGAUGCCUCUGUAGUGGAGGAGAAUGGGUUGCUGCUUCAGCAAAACGGAGGCUCCUUCCUGCGGCAAACCGCCGGAGCCUGAGGCGCCUCAGGAGGAGACGGUGAAGGAGGUGCUCUCGGAGACGCCGAAGCCGAGGGCGAGGACGAGGGAGGAAGGGAUUGAGAAGGAGGAGUUAGGAUUCGACAAGGUUUUGAAGGGGGGUCCAUGUGUUAGCUCCAUCAACGGAGGCUACGAUGAGAGAUCCGAGGAGAACUCCGAGGUCUGCAGCAUAAGCGAGGGCUUCUCUGCCUCCACGAUGGCGACGGACAGUAGAGUUGGGGAGGAGGGCGACGCGGAGGAGGUGGAGGGGGAGCCCAGGAGAGCGAGCGAGGAGAGAUCCCCGGCAAAGUUCCAGAGGAAGCUUUCUCGCAACAGAGAAAGCGGCGCCAGCUGCGGCAGCGGGAGGAUCUCUCAAUCGCCGGUGAAAAGGAGGGCGGGUGCCGUCGGGCGGACGUAUUCCGCCAGGGAGACGGGGCAGGGGAAUGCGGCGAGGAGCCGUGUUCCGGCCGGGGAUGCUUUCCGUAGAGACCCAGGGGAGAGGUCCGGCCGGAGGUCGGUGUCCCCGGCUGCGAAACGGGCCGCGGACCUGCGCAGCGCCACCACCGGUGGCCAAUGCAGGGUGGUGCCGGCAUCGAGGGGGAACGGCCGGUCGUCGCCGCUCCGAAUCCCGCCGCCGCCGGAUGAGGAUGAAAGGAGGGCGGAGGAAGCAAGCUGUGGUGACGGCGGCGAGGGGAAGGAGUCGUUGGAGAAUCCCCUCGUUUCCUUGGAGUGCUUCAUCUUUCUCUAGUCUCUUGCCCUCCUGGGAGCGGUUUAGGUAUGCAAUCUGUUUUUAGGGUUAACUUUUCCAGGGUCAGCAUUUCCGAAUCGUAAGCGGGAUAAAAAGAGAAGGGAAGUCAUGAGAAAGGCAGGCUAAUUUGGUGACGGUUAUGGGCCGGAUCCAACAUAGCGCCCGGUGGUGCGGCUACCAUCUACUUCUUAGAGAUAUCUAAAUCAUGGUUUAAGAUAAUCUUUCAGAUGAAGCACAUAGGUUACCGACUGAAUGGCUGGCCAACCAUUUUAGAAUAAUUUUUGAAUUGAAGAGAGAUGGUUAUCUGGUUCACUCCGAAAUAUAUUAUUUUUCGACUUGUUUUAAAUUUAUCUCUAUCCUUAUUUUAUAAAUCAUUCCUUUCAAUUAAAAAAAAAAAGAAGCAAAGCUCUUCGCUGUUUUAAGUCGCGGGUGAGGGGAAGGAUCACGAUGUUCUUCCCCCGCUUGGGAACCGUUUGAUCUUGAUCGUACGGUCUAAAUGUAUUAUAACUUCUCCUUAUGAUGAAAAGGGAACCUGAUAUA